AUGAAGCGCUGUCGCUUCAUUGACACGCCGCAAGGCUGCAAACGUGGUGACAAAUGUCAGUUCUCCCAUGGUAAUUCACCAUCAUCACCAGCCAAUGCUCAACACCGACCACAAGCAUCCGCCAAUAAAGGCACUGCUCGCACCUUCACUCGUUACGCUCCAAAUGGUCACUGCAAUGCCUACUACAACGAAGGUACAUGCGAUCGAGGUACUGAUUGUAAGUUUGAGCAUACAAUAACCCUUUCAAGAGAUCACAAGGCGAUCUCGUCAGCUCAGACAAUGAAUCCAAAUAUUGCAUCCCGGGUUGGCGACUUCCAUUCCGACGCUUUCCGAGGUAAUAUCCAGCCUGAUUGGAGACUCGGGCCAUUUGAACGACUUCGAAUUCGAUUGGAAAGGGGAGAUCAAUUUCAAGGUGUUGAAGAAGUAUACUCUUUCGUCAAUGGACUUGUAGCUACUACAAUGGAGACUGCUACUUGGACCCAUCAAGACACUCAAGUCAUCCUUGGCUCUAUCGCUAGAGUACCCGGUCAUCUGAACUCUCGUUUGAUUCAAGUUCUCGCUUGGCCUGAAAUUUCGGCUGACCCUAAAUCUCCUAGAGAGUUGAGCUUUCAAAGGGGUCUCAUGCCUUUACUUCUCUAUCUCUCGGCAAAUACUGUUAUCAAUAGUCACAUCAAGCAUGACGUACACUCUCUCUACACCCUGCUCGACCUCAACACCUCCAGCUGGACUGUCAAUACAUUGAAAUGUAUAACUCAUAUGGUAGAGACAAAGACGGUCUCACAAAAUCAUACUAGGUCCUCAAUGGUGUUCCAGCCAAAGUCCUUCCUGCAGGUGAUACUUCCGUUAACGCAUGUACUUUGCCAAUACCUGACUAUCAAUAACACUGCUCUCGCUCAACAUGGUGAACCACUGCUCAACCUUAUCAACGGUCUUCCAAUCCUCUUUGAACGAUGGGCCGCAGAUAUCCUGUGCUCUGCAUUCUGCUUUGAAGAUGAUAUCGUCACUCAAGCGCUUAGUACUCGGAACAGUGUGGUCUCAGAAACAACACACGUUCUGUCACGUUUGGAAAAGAUUGUUGAUCGUGUGCAAGGCAAACUUGUUCGACAUCUACCAACUUCUGACACAAGCAACGAGACCCAUAUCGCCAACCAAAUUACAUUGGUGCAUCUCGAACGGGACUAUGUCCCUCCUGGACACAUGAGAUCAAAUGGCCCGCGACAUGAUAAUGAUCACUCGGCAAUCCAAUACAUUGAAGCCCUUCCAACCCAUGCAGAGCUUGUAUGCGAUGUACCACCUUAUGUACCUGCGAACAUAACCUCGGCUCCUCAUCACCUCGCCGCUGGAACGAUGGACCGUCGACUCGAUGUCUUGUUCAGAAUGCUCAGAGAAAACACCGUAGGACCGAUGCAAUCUGCCGUCAAAAGUCUCCUCUUUCAUCUCCGAGGUAAUAGUAGCAAAGCCUUACAGGAACUUCUGCGCCGAGGGGGAGGUAGAUGGAGAAACGAAGAUUCAUCGGACGCGGGUGAUCUGAAUAUCUACGCAGGUGUGCAAUUCAGCGCCAUACAAGUUGUCAAGAACGAGCUCUGUGUCAUUCUGUCAGUGAUUACACCGAAGAGUGCACGAAUAGGCCUUCAGACGCGACCAAAAUUGGCAUCCGGAUCGAUGGUCGGUCUUUUGAUGAGAAAGUCAGUCGCAAGUGAUCCUGAAGACUUGGAAGUUUUCCUCGGUCAGGUUCAGGAGGAUGUGGAUUGGCGGAAAGACAGAGCACUGGUCAAGGUCAACUUCAACAGCAACGAAGUCUUCGCGGCCGCAACUCGAGUACUUAGUAAUCAGCAGCCUCAAAAUCAGAUGUCCUCCCAUCCCAUGAACCUCUUCGAAAUCCCCGGCUUGAUUUUGGGAACUCUUUUACCCUUUUUAGAAAGGUUGAAGCUUUUGGAACCGACCUCGGUACCUUUUUCCGAAUACAUCGCAGGGACGACCAACGCAGCUCAGCCUACCCCAGCCAUUGGACCGCCUCGUUUUGCUCGCGACCCAGAAUUCGCCUACAAGCUCGACGGUAUUGUGGGUGAGGGCGAAGGUAUGGUCAUGAACCCGACAAAGCCGGAUGAAAUUGAAGCGGUAAGACUAUCGUUGGAGAACCGAUCCACUUUGGAUAAGUCACAAACCUCUGCCUUGAUAGAUUCCUUAUCCCGCGAGUUCGCUAUAAUUGAAGGCCCUCCAGGUACGGGUAAGAGUUUCAUUGGUAUCAAGAACGUAAAGGUUCUCAUAGACAGUGGUGUCUCUCCCAUCUUCGUUAUUGCGUAUACCAAUCAUGCUUUAGAUCAGUUCCUUGAGGAAAUCUACACUCAGGUAACGAAGGAUAUCGUCCGAUGUGGAUCUCGCUCAAAAUCUGAGAUCAUCCAAGCGCUGAGCCUUCACGAGCAGCUCGCGAGCAGCUCGCACGCGCCAAGAACAGCGCUUCGGCACGAGCUUGGUCGCAGCUACGCCGAAAGAGCCGGGAUUGAGGAAGAAAUGGACGAGGCUUGCGACAUUGUCUCCGUUGCUUCUCAGGUCAAGAUGGCUUGGGGAAUGAUAGCGGGAUACCUCAUGCGCGAAUACCCAGAACAUGGACAAGAACUCUCAGAGGCUCCUUCCAAAAUUGUUAGGGCGUAUCAUCUGGAGCAGCGUUCAGAAUGGGAGACACAAGGCAGAAGGAGAAAAGAAUCUUCCCCGGAUGAGUCCCCAUACAUAUGGUGGAGGGAAGGGCUUGAUCUUCAACUCUUGGCACGCGUCCAGAACCACCUCACGAACACCCCGGAGACCGAAGUGACCGCAGUGGCCUCACAGGUUGAAGUAGAUCCAAUGUUACCCCCCUAUCUACAGGCGAUGGCUGCUGCUGCCGACGCGUCUGAUUCCGACCCCGAUGGCUCCGAGCACGAUUCCAUCGAUCAAACCUUCCUCGACGGAUGGACUCGUCCUUGCACCAACCGAAUGAUUGGAGACUUGUUGGAAGAAUACAUGCUAAGAGUUGAAAUCCCUAAAUUGUCACGUCUUCGAAACGCUCACCGAGAGAUCACAGCCAGGAUCCGAAGUCUUCACGAUGAAAGGAAGUUAGUGGCAUUGAAAAAAGCUAAAAUCAUAGGAUGUACUACAAACGGUGCUGCCAAUAUCCCUGAGCUUAUGAGAAGCGUCUCACCUCGAGUUUUGAUGGUUGAGGAAGCAGGGGAAUGUCUUGAAGCGCAUAUUGUCGCCAAUCUGGUGCCUUCCAUUGAGCAGAUUAUACUUAUCGGAGAUCACCUGCAGCUCCGACCACAGAUUGAGAACUAUCGCCUGUCGGUAGAAUCCAGAGAGGGCAAGCAUUAUCGCUUGGAUGAAUCUCUUUUCGAGAGACUCGUAAAUGCUGGUUUACCGUAUUCGGUACUUCAGACCCAGCGUCGUAUGCGACCAGAAAUUUCUGACUUGAUCCGAAACUACCUUUAUCCGGAUCUCGUAGACCAUGAGUCUGUGUUAAAUCUUCCAUCUCUACGGGGCAUGUCACGAAAUGUCGUAUUUUUUGAUCAUAGUCAAGGACAGGACAAGCAGUCCUUAGAUAGCUCAUCCUCAACAAACACAUACGAGGGUCAAAUCGUCUGCGACCUUGUCAGACAUUUUAUCAAUCAAGGCUAUCAGGCAGGAGAAAUUGCCGUACUUACGCCAUACCUCGGUCAGGUCAAGCUCAUCAAACAAUAUCUAGACAAGAUGCAACUAUUCGUUCAGUUGGACGACCGAGAUCAAAGAGACAUGGAUAAGCUUUCGCUUCUGGAGGAAGGCGAUGACAUACCUACUUUAAACGCUUUGAGAGAAGUAGAGCAGAAAUCAGCGAACUCUUUGGUGACACUUAGAUCCGUGGACAAUUUCCAAGGGGAAGAAGCGAAAGUGGUGAUCCUAUCGCUGGUCCGAAAUGCCGGACCUCGUCGAGAACACGGAGAAAGCGGAUCAAACAUGCUUGACAAAGCUGCUAGAGCAUCUAUUGGUUUCCUCAAGUCUCCUAAUCGGACCAAUGUUGCUCUGUCACGUGCAAAACAUGGUAUGGUCAUUCUUGGUAACACUGAAUUAUUCUCAAAUCAAGCCCCGAUGUGGAAAUCGGUGAUUGAAACAAUCGGACAACGUGAUGGAAUUUUCGAUCACAUCCCAAUUAGAUGCGAUCUGCAUCCAGAUCAUGAUUUUGGUCCGAUAAGAGUACCAGGUCUGAUCUCCAGACUGUCUCCACACGGGGGAUGCCUUGAUCAAUGUCGAUCCGAGUUACCAUGUGGACAUCUGUGUCCUCGACUCUGCCACCCAACGGAUCGUGCUCAUCGGGCCAUUCCGUGUAUUGAACCAUGUCCGGUCGGUCUGACGUGUGGCGGGCGGGGUACACCACACGUCUGCAAAGCUCUUUGUGGUGAGCCGCAUGUAUGCGACGUUGUUGUCGCUUCUGUGGAGCUACCUUGCGGCCAUGCCGCCACUGAGGUUCCUUGCGGCGCUGCUCAAGAUACGAAGCGAAUCUCUUGCAAGGAAGUAACGAGAAAGCAACUUCCAUGUGGCCAUUCUGUCAUGAUCAAAUGUGGCGAAGACAUCAGCUCUCUGGCAUGCAUAGAAUUAUGCGCUAUGGACAUCGAUUGCAAACACAAAUCCUGUAAAGCCAAGUGUGGAAGCUGUCGACCUCCAUCUUUCUACGACGACGCUCUCAAUCAGUAUCUCGUCCAUGCCGAUCACAAGUGCGACAAGCUUUUACCGUGUGGUCAUUCUUGUAGAGGUCUUUGUCAAAAGGAUUUGGAGCAUGGGUGCGCCCCUUGCAGUUUGCCCUGUCAACGGACAUGCGAUCACGGGCGAUGCGAUCACAAGUGUGGCCAAGGGUCAUGCCGAUCCUGUCUCGAACAGUGUUCUUGGUCCUGUGAACAUCAGGGAAGAUGUCAAAAUGGAUGCUCGAUGCCUUGUUCAAGACUCCCUUGCGACGAGCCUUGUGAUCGUCUUCUGUCUUGCGCCCAUCCAUGCCCAUCUAUUUGUGGAGAAGAUUGCACGAAGCAGGUCUGUCCCGAAUGUGCUACUUCUGAGCAAAAGUGCUCAAUAGUCGACAUGGUGACGAUGAAUUCUUUACAAGAAAUCGACACAUCACUCCCAGAUCUUGGGUCUCGGCUUAUCAGUCUAGCCUGCGGCCACACUUUCACUGUCGAGACGAUGGACGGUAUCAUGGCACUGAACGAUUAUUAUGGCCGAAGUGAACACAACGAUCAAUGGACUCUACUCACUGCGAAUGCUAGUCAGACCAAUGAAUCUGAAUGCGGACCACAACCGUCUUGUCCAAAUUGUCGACGGCCUAUAUUAUCCUCGAUCAUUCAGCGAUAUGGCCGACCAUUAAAGAGCAUUGAUCUGUCUGCUCAAGAGAAAGCUGCAAUCUCCCAUGGUUCGAUCAAUCUUCAGCGAUUGUCGAAGGGACAAGCUGAAAUUAACUCUAAUGCCAUCGUAGAUUAUAUGUCAUCUGUAGACCUACCUCAGAAGUCUGCUGCGCCCACUGGGAUAAUCAAAAGCUUCAUGCAACGACAAGACGAUGACAUCAGGAAGGAAAAGCCGAUACUUACAUCAUCAUCCAUGUUGUUCGACUUGUCCAAGCACGGAAUUCUGCCUGGAUAUGAGCGAAUCUGGAAAGCAGCUGUUAAAGAUAUUCUACCAUUAUAUUCCAUCACUGAAUCUAUCAUAACAUACAAGUCACCUCAUGUUAAGGCAUACGAAACCACUCACGGAAAUCUGUAUCGAGAGUACAAGAAAGAAUUAAUGAGGAAGAGGGAGUUGGGGGAAAAGCAACUCAGCAUGGAAGCUUCCGAAGCUUCUCAACUGGCACUCGACUAUGCUAGGCAGCAAAUCGGAUCAUCUUUUCCUCGGGCCGCCUCUACUUUCAAAGUGGAAGCCGUCUGGGUGUCUUUGGACCUCCGUCAAACGAUGUUGGCGUUGUUUUUAGAAAGUACUGCUGCGUUGGAAGCUAUAGAUGUGGCGGUGAAUGCGUACCGAUGUCCUCCAAGAGGUAAUAUUAUCCUUAAACGUAGCAGAGAAUCCUGGCUUGACGACAACUACUGGGAUAUCAGAGGGACCUUAAAAGAGCAAUGGGAUAAAGUUAUUGUCAUGGCGCAAGAGGGACGCAUGUUCCCAGAGCUGACCCAGGAAGAGAAAAUGGAGAUUCAGAACGCUAUGAGAAACACAACUUCGAGCAAUGCGGCUACCAAAUGGAUGUCAUGCCCAAACGGUCACCCAUAUGCUGUUGGAGAUUGUGGUCAAGCCAACCAGGGAGGCACCUGUCCAGAGUGCGGAGCUGCUAUCGGUGGCGGAGGAUUUCACGGUUCCCAAUUUGCCGAAGGAAACCAAAUCAGCGACGCCUUUCAGGAUCUAGCCAUUUAG